AUGGAUCCUUUAUACUUCACCAACACGUUCAGCACAGAAGCUGGUUCCAGAGAAGCAAAUUCCUCCCUGCUGCCCAACAUGACAGAGAAUGGGACACUCUCAGAGCAGCCUGCCUUCAAGUACAUCAACAAGGUCCUGGUGCCCAUCUGUUACCUGCUGGUGUGCGUGGUCGGGCUCAGCGGCAACGCCUUGGUCAUUUACGUGGUGCUGCGCUACGCCAAGAUGAAAACAGUCACCAACAUUUACAUCUUGAACCUGGCUGUGGCUGAUGUGCUCUUCAUGCUAGGCUUGCCCUUCAUGGCCACCCAGAACGCCAUCUCCUAUUGGCCUUUUGGCUCCUUCCUCUGCAGGCUGGUGAUGGCUGCGGAUGGCAUCAACCAGUUCACCAGCAUUUUCUGCUUGACUGUGAUGAGCAUGGACCGCUACCUGGCGGUCGUUCAUCCCAUCAAAUCCACCAAGUGGAGACGCCCCAGGGUGGCCAAGUUCAUCAGUCUGACCGUCUGGACCUUCUCCUUCUUGGUGGUGCUUCCAGUCAUCAUCUUCGCGGACGUGCAGGAAGACUUUCAGACCUGCAACAUGAACUGGCCGGAGCCUGUCAACAUCUGGUCAGCAGCCUUCAUCAUUUACACCUCAGUGCUGGGCUUCUUUGGGCCUCUGCUGGUCAUCUGUCUCUGCUACCUGCUGAUUGUGAUUAAAGUCAAAUCUUCGGGGAUCCGAGUCGGGUCGACGAGGCGCAGGAGGUCGGAGCGGAAGGUGACCAGGAUGGUGGUGAUCAUUGUGGUGGUCUUUGUGUUUUGCUGGCUCCCCUUUUACAUGAUGAACAUUGUCAAUUUGAUAUUCAUACUGCCAGAAGACCCUGUGCUGGUUGGGGUGUACUCCUUCGUGGUGGUCCUGUCCUAUGCAAACAGCUGUGCCAACCCUAUCCUUUAUGGAUUUCUUUCUGACAACUUCAAGCAGAGCUUUCAGAAGGUCCUUUGCCUCCGAAAGGGCAGUGGGGUGGAGGAUGGUGACCCCAUGGAACACAGGCAAGAGAACAGCAGCCGCUUGCAGGAAUCCAUGUUAACCCAGAGGAACACUGAAUUCAAUGGACACAUGCAGACUAGCAAGGUGUGA